AUGGAUUUAUUUCGCAACGAACCUCCAGAAGAUGAGAUUCAGCGUGCCCCAUCUGAAGAUGUCGAAAAGCCAGAAUCGCCUGCUCAUCAGGAGGGUAACUCGAUUGAGCCUUAUAUUAUCACGCCAACUAUAGACCCAGUUAUAGAGCGCCGGGUCUUAAGGAAGUUAGACCUUAGAGUCCCAACUUUGACAGGAUUCUUUUAUCUUCUGGCUUUUCUUGACCGCUCUAAUAUUGGAAAUGCCAAAAUUGCAGGAAUGAAAGAAGACCUUCAUCUCGAGGGCAACAAAUAUCCGUGGUUACUGACAAUAUUCUACAUUUCAUAUACAGUGUUCGAAUUCCAAGCCCUCAUGUGGAAGAUCGUCAAGCCACACCAAUGGGCAACCUUUAUAAUCUUCUCCUGGGGUUUAAUCUCUACUUGUCAAGCUGCAACAAAAAGUUGGCAGGGCAUGAUGGCACUCCGAUUCCUGAUGGGUGUUUUUGAAUCCGGAUUUGGCCCUGGCGUGCCCUAUCUGAUGUCCUUUUUCUAUCGCCGCCAUGAACUCGGUCUUCGAUGCGGUCUCUUUUUGUCAGCUGCCCCACUGGCCAACACCUUUGCCGGCGCAUUAGCGUAUGGUAUAACCUCAGGUCAUGGUGCGAUAGCUAACUGGCGAAUUCUGUUCCUCGUUGAGGGCCUUCCAGUCUGCGUAGCCUCAAUUUUGGCUUGGUUUUUUUUGCCAGAUUCUCCAACAACGGCAAAAUUCUUGACUGAAGAAGAAAAGGAAGUCGCUCGUGCUCGUGCACUACAGCAGUCUGGAGAACCAGAUCGUGAAAGCAAGGUGCAAUGGAAGGAACUGGCAUAUACCCUUCUAGAUGCAAAGGCUUGGUUGACAGCUUUCAUGUAUUUUAGCUGUAAUGUGAGCUUCUCCUCACUGCCAGUUUUUCUCCCCACUAUUCUCAAGGAAAUGGGAUUUACUGCGAUCAACGCACAGGGCCUCACCGCACCUCCCUUCUUCGUCUCAUUCAUUGCGACGAUCAUAUCCACCUGGGUGGCAGAUCGGAUCCAGCAGCGUGGAAUAAUGAUAGCAUUCUUAUCAAUGAUCGGAGGUGUGGGUUAUAUCCUGUGCGCCACAUGCACCACCGUGGGCGUGCGGUAUUUCGGAGUAUUCCUAGCCGCCUGUGGAGUUUUUCCAGCCAUCGCCAACAUUCUCCCAUGGGUUCUGAACAAUCAGGGCUCAGAUACCCGUCGUGGUGGGGGUAUCAUCUUGCUCAAUGUCAUCGGUCAGUGCGGUCCCUUCUUAGGCACGAAUGUCUUUCCAGACUCUGCAGCGCCCCGAUUUAUCAAGGGUAUGUCAAUCUGUGCGGCGUUUAUGUUUUUCACAACGCUGUUGGCAUUGUCUCUUCGUUUCUUGCUUGUGUGGGAGAAUAGGCAACUUGAUAAGAAGCAUGGUCAAGUAGUGCAAGACAAUAUGACAAAAGGUGAGAUGCCUAUUGGAGAGGAAAAUUACGGACCUAAUUUCCGCUAUGUGUUAUAA